UGAAUUAUUUUUUGACAUGACAGAAUAAAAAAAUGCAUCGUUCUCGAUUCAGAAGGAGCCGAUGUAACGCCUGUAAGAAUUGUUUGAAAGAAAAUUGUGGCGUAUGUACACAUUGCCGAGACAAGGCUAAGUUUGGUGGGCCUAAUAUACUUAAACAAUGCUGCAUGAAUAAAAGAUGCUUGAAUCCGAAUCCAGUUCCGGCAGCCAGCUUUUUUCCGCAAAACAAGCAGCCGCCUAAGCCUAAACUCCUCCCGAAAUCCAAACUGCCAGAGUCUUAUGUUCUCCUUAGAAACAUUUGUGACGAGAGAGUGUUAUCUAGGUUCAGGAACACAUCCCUAAAAAACGAAACGAGCCUUGAAAACACAACCAGCGAAAGUUUGGGUGAUUCAGCAACAGAUCAAAAGUUAUGGCGAUCGCAAAGGAAGCGAAAGGCGAAUGUUCUUUAUAUGAAAUCUGAUGAAUACGUGCCAACACUGAAAUCCCGGAAAAGGGAGUCUGUGAUUAAAGAAGAUCUUCUAGAAGGUGUUGAUAUUGAUAAAUUAAUGGAGUACUUGGAACUUCAAAAUGAAACAGACAGAGAGUCUUUAUUUGUGAAAAAACAAAGUCGAUGUGAAAUAUUCUCCAAAACAAGAUAUUCUAGACCACAGACUGCAAAAACAAAGAGGAAGAAAUUAAGGCCUUUUGAACAUUUGCGGUCUUCUAGUGUCGUCAUGAGUGAACUGUGUCUCAGCCCGCCACUUCUGACACCACAUGACUCAGAGAUUGGUAGUUUGAAAAAUACACACGAUCACGGUCCUCCAGUACUAGAGCCGUGCAAAAAUGAAAAAGAAACAUUCAGAGUGAGUUUUUCUGGUCGAUAUUGUAAAAUUAAUGAUCCCUAUUCGCAGGAAUUUUAUACAGACUUUACAAAGAUUCCAAAUGUGAGGUACAAACCACUACAGAAGAAGAAACAGAGAGAACAAGACAAACAGUCUGAAAGUGAAUUAGAUAAAACCCAUAAAGUACGAGAAAUAGGAGACAUGAAAGAAUCCACGAGUUGUGCUUUAAAGUCGACAGGGCAGCUAAAGAGGGUAGAUAGUAAGGCGGUUAAAAAGGACGUCAUGGCAACGUCACUGGACAAAAUGAUGGAGAAAGCUGAGAUAGAUACCCAGAACAGCAAACCCGAGAACAGGAUACCCGUGUAUCAGAACCAGAUCAUGGAAACUGUUAAAGAACUGGCCAAGGAAAAGAAGUUCGUCAAGUUUUUCCAGCUGAAUGUUGGAGAUAAGCUGAUUUUUAUUCCAACUGACGGUACCACUGUUAUCCCGAAAGCGUACGUUAUGAACAAAACGCCAGAGGCGACGAAUGUUUCCAAAGCAACCCACACAAAAAGCCAGCUAACUGGUCAAGGAACAAUUCCGUUAACUGAGCAUAACACGACGACCCAAUCAUCAAAUCGAGCCGAUCUUAGUUUAGUUACAGAGGAGCCCUCGGAAAAUGGUGACGACGGAUCGCUGCCAAAAAUUACUAGCGUGUUCAGUCUCUCGUCAAACGCCGAUAAGGACAGUACGGACAACGAAAUUCCAGCUGAUCUUCAGUUAAACUCUGCAUCUAAUAUAAAGGUUCAGAUUGAUAACACCAAUAAGACAACUGAAUUGCCGUUUGAAAACACCGCUUCAAGAAAAUUAAAAAGCCUUCUAAACCUUGACAUGACUAAACAAACAAAAAUAACUAAACAAACACCAGAGACAGACACAAAACAACUGCAGAGCUUGCUCAAACAUACGGUAUCAACAAUUUUUGACAAUCGGCAUACAGCAAUGAAUAACAGCAUUUCUUUGAAAGGAGAGACGAGAGAAAUGCCGAAUGCAAAAGGUGCCGCUGAUUCGCUGAAAAUCUUAAUAGAUAAGUCAGGUAUUCAUUAUUACAAAACAGUUGACACUCCUACUGAUGGAUCAUCAUUUGAACAGAAUUCUGCGGCGUUAAAGAAAAUGGUCUUGCCAAACUUUGGAAAAUUGGAACCUCUUGAAAAAGUUACUAGUAAAGCAUUGAACGAAACUGUGACUUUAUCUAACAUGCCAUUACUUGUACAAAAACAAACCCCUCCCCAGGCCCCACCUCCCAAGGCUGUUCUCCAAGAUCUGCCACUUAAACAUGUUCUCGAGGAUCCGCCACCUAAACAUGUUCUCCAGGAUCUGCCACCUAAAACUGUUCUCCAAGAUCCGCCACUUAAGCCUGUUCUGCAGGAUCAGCUACCUGAAAGUAUUCUUGUUCUUCAGGAUCCAAAACCUAAACAUGUUCUUCAAGAUCCGCCACCUAACUCUCGCCAGGUACCACAACCAAUUGCUCCUCAAGUUCCACAACCGAAAUUAAUUCUCAUUCCACAGUCAAAUUCAUCAAAUUCAUCCCCAAGAGCUGCAGUGUUUGUAACCUCUACGCUAGCAAACACAAGGUUACAGAGUCUUUUAUCGAAUUCUAAAGUACAGUUUCUUAAUAGCAAACCAAAGACAUUUGUGAAAAGUGCUGAAGUAAGAGUCAAGAAACCUGCCACUCAGAUGAUAGACAACACGGGAUUUUCUACUGGGGAAGUCUCUAGAUCACCAGCAAAGCCACUCUUUCUUUUCCCGAAUAGAUCAAAUUUGGAUUAUCAAGCCAUUCCUCGCAGUACCACAAGUCAGGUCGUAACCAAUUUACAGAGUCUUGUAGCUCAAUCGUCUCAAGGAUUUAUUCCACUGAGUACCCCAGUCUCUAGAACCGGUGUUUGGUCCAGACCUAAAGUGCAAAAAGCCAAUGUAAACAGCACAUGCACAGUGACGUCUUCUGUGCAGAAAACUGUGAAAUCCAUAUCACAAGACACAUCUACUAACAAAUUACUAACCAGCAAAACAACUGCGUUCGAGCAAAUAAAGACAUCCGAAAAUAAAAGUGACAAGACACAAAGCAUUUCACAAGAUAAUAAACAACAUCUCGGGACAAGCGGCCAAGAAUGGGUCAGAGUAAAAUCGGAGCCAGGAGACAAACACGAGUUUGAAGCCACCAUACUAACAGAGAUAAAGAAAGAGAGAAGUGAUAGCGAAACCGAAAGUGAAACUGAAACGACUGGCAAGGAUGAUGAGGUCACUCCUGAAGGUAGAACUCGAAGAAAGAAACAUCGAAUAGAAUACACUUUUAUGCAUGUGCAAGCAGAAGAGACAGAUACGAAAGAGCGCAUCCGCCGACUGAGAGAAAAGCUGCGCGAGCAACAGGAAGAGUGUGAGAGUCUCAAAAAGACUUUAAUGAAUGAUGACAACGAGACAACGUGACAUCACAAAAUGAAAUUGAACAUGACUAAAUUGUUUAAUCCUUUCGUCUGUUGUUUUUUUCUUAUGAUGAUCAUUUAAAUGAAAAAAAAAAAAAACGUUUUAUGUACAAAAGUUAAAUAUAUUUGAAACAUUUUUUUUUAUCGAAUUUCACUUCAGCAAACUCAAGCGAAGGACUGUCAUGAUAUUUCUUAUGAAAGUUCGCAUGGCGCUCUUAGAGUAUUGUCUGUAAAGUUAUAUCUUGUUCUUCUUAACAAGAAGCACAGGGUCCCUUCACAAGAGAACAUUAUUCAAAGUUCAAUUAAAAAAUGCUUAUUUAAUACAUUUACUUCUUGGAUCAUAUAGAAUAUAAAAGAAUUUGUUCCAGAA